AUGUCAAACUUUGAUUUGAAUGUCAAGGUGGCGAAAAAGGUGGUUUUGUCGCCUUUUGGUGACUUACGUGGCCACUAUUUUUGCCGUUGGCAGCCAAGAAAUCACCAACUUCGUGGCCACGAACUUUUUGCAAGAUGGUGAGUUGGAAACCAGGAUCUACUUCGAUGGUGUUACUGCGAAAGAAACCGUUUCAAAAGGGUCUGGUUUGAAAUUUCGCCAGCUUUCCGAUGGCAAACACUUGAUACAAUCGAUAUACAAAGAAGAAAAUUAUUUGGAGGAUUGUGAAUAUGGUCUUAAAAGAGAUCAAGUAAAUGAGUUCCUAAACACUUUUAAAAGCGAUUUAAAAGUUCUAUUAACUACCUCUAACGUUACUGUGCAAUCACUGGAUGGUUUGCCCCUGCCAGAUGAGUUCAACUGGUUGAAUUACACGUAUUUAAGAAAAAAAUGCCAGAAGAAACAUCGAGAAAUUAAGGAGUUGGCUGACAAUAGCAGGCAUAAACGCGAUUUCUCCGACUUGCUGAGGGUACCCGGCACUAAGUGGUGCGGUAAGGGGUAUUCCGCGGACAAAUACACGCGUCUAGGGGGAUUUUCCCGUACCGAUAAGUGCUGCAGGAAGCACGAUCUGAACUGUCCGUUUUGGAUUGGCGCUUUCGACACGAAGUACGGGCUUUUCAAUUGGCGGAUGAACACUCUGAUGCACUGCGAUUGCGAUGCCAGGUUCAGAUCGUGUCUCAAACGAGUUAGAAGCAGUGAUGCCAACCUAGUGGGAAAAUUAUUCUUCAACGUCGUGCAAACCCAGUGUUUUCGGUUGAAGCCGAAAAAAACGUGCGUGAGAUCCUCGUGGUGGGGAAAAUGUAAAAAAUUCAAAUAUUUCAAGCAAGCAAUACUAGUUGAGAAUCCCUCUUACUGAAUAUUAAAUAUUAUUAGGUGAAUUAUUUUGGGCCGUUUUUUUUGUUGCGAAUUGCCUAUAUCAACCGUACAUUUUUUAAAUUUAAUUUACUUCAUGUGAAAGACCGCGUUUUGUUUAGUAUACCCUGAAUUUUGCGUGAAAAUUUCUUUCAAAAUGGCGAAAUUAUAGUGAUUUUUACUAUGGUGGGCGCCAAAAUGUAAAAAUCAUCCCUUUGUUGCUUAUGGAGCGAUUUUAAUAAAAUUUGUGGGGUUACUUUUAAAGUGGGUAUUUUUUUAGUAUACCCUGAAAUUUUCAUGAAAAUCUCCUAAAAAAUUACGAAAUUACAACAAUUUAAGCGCAGUGUUAAAAAUCGUUACUUUGUUAUUUAUAGAGGGAUUUCCAUGAUAUUUUCAGCGUAUACCAAAGAAAACACGUUGAUUUUAAAUACGCCUUUAGAA